GCAGUGUCUCAACUGCCUUGGAGCAAACAAGAGAGGAUAUAGAACACAGACGUUAAUAAGACAGAGAAAGAGGGGCGCUGAAAGAGAGAGAGAGAGAGAGAUGUACAUGUGUGUGUAUGUGUGUGUGUGAGACUCUGAAUAUGAGGAAGAUAUGAAGAUGAAGCAGCAGGACUAAAGGUGGACUGCACACAGCCUUUCUCUCCCUGCAAGGGCUUGUCUGCAGUAUCCUUUGUAAAUGGAUGCUGGCUUGUGAACACGACUCAGAGGCCUUAAGUUCUUGGGGAGGUAUCACACCGCAGAAGAAGCAGAAAAGAUUUUAUCAGGAGGAUCGAGCAAAACAGGCCAAAUAUCAAACUGAAGUUGAUGGUUGCAGAAGCCAAACAAGGGCAACGCACCAAAAGAGCCAUGUGGGAGGAGAGUGAGGGGGUUUUGCAAUUCACAUGCAUCAAGUCCAAACACUCUCUCUACUGACAUACACUGAACAUUCCCCAGCCCUCCUCCAGAGCUUUUCCUCAGGGGGAGCCCCUGCUAUGAACCCCAGCUCCCUUGGCUUCAGCAGGCAGUCCAACCUCAGUGCCAGGCGCUGUGUGGGCAUCCCACAAGUCUGGGUUCUGCCCACACAGGACUCACAGACUGCCCCUGAACAAGAAGAAUGAAAUACUCCUGAGUCACUCCUCUGUGUGGUGGCUCUCCUGUCUAGUGUUAAAUUGGUCCGUUGUGAAGUUUUGUCUGCCUCUUCCCCAGCAACCUCCUACCUUUAGUGAAAACCCUCUCCAACUCUUCCAUAAGCUCCCUUUUAGUCACCGCUUCGUUAUAAUUUGCUUUCACAUUAAGCAGCAGCACGAGUUCCUUUGUGCUUACCACGUGGUGGAGGACCAUGGGAUGCCGUCAGAGUUCGGAGGAGAAGGAAGCCGCGCGGCGCUCGCGGCGAAUCGACCGCCACUUGCGCUCAGAGAGUCAACGGCAGCGGCGUGAGAUCAAACUACUGUUGCUGGGCACCAGCAACUCGGGCAAGAGUACCAUCGUCAAACAGAUGAAGAUCAUCCACAGUGGAGGCUUCAACCUGGAGGCAUGCAAGGAGUACAAGCCCCUCAUUCUGUACAAUGCCAUCGACUCUCUUACCCGAAUUAUCCGGGCCCUCACCACCCUCAAGAUCGACUUUCACAAUCCUGAUCGCGCCUACGAUGCCGUGCAGCUCUUUGCCCUCACAGGGCCGGCUGAGAGCAAAGGGGAGAUCACUCCAGAGUUGCUGGGGGUCAUGAAACGUCUGUGGGCUGACUCAGGGGUCCAGGAGUGCUUUCAACGAUCCAAUGAGUACCACUUAGAGGACAACACUGCCUACUACCUGAAUGACCUGGACCGCAUCUCCGCACCUGAGUACAUCCCUACUGUCGAGGACAUCCUCCGAUCCCGCGACAUGACCACCGGCAUUGUGGAGAACAAGUUCACCUUCAAGGAGCUCACCUUCAAGAUGGUAGAUGUGGGUGGACAGCGUUCGGAGAGAAAGAAGUGGAUCCACUGUUUUGAGGGCGUGACUGCAAUCAUUUUCUGUGUCGAGCUAAGUGGCUAUGACCUCAAACUCUACGAGGACAACCAGACGAGCCGUAUGGCGGAGAGCUUGCGCCUGUUUGACUCCAUCUGCAACAACAACUGGUUCACCAACACGUCGCUCAUCCUCUUCCUCAACAAGAAGGACCUGUUGGCUGAGAAGAUCAAACGCAUUCCUCUGACAGUGUGCUUCCCUGACUACAAAGGUCAGAACACCUAUGAGGAGGCAGCCGUCUAUGUGCAACGGCAGUUUGAGGACCUCAACCGCAACAAGGAGACCAAGGAGAUCUAUUCGCACUUCACCUGUGCCACUGACACCAGCAACAUCCAGUUUGUGUUCGACGCUGUCACGGACGUGAUCAUCCAGAACAAUCUCAAGUACAUUGGGCUGUGCUAGGACCUGAC